CGUCGUCAGUCUGGACUGGGUACCUGGGCGGAGGCAAAGGUGGAGGCGGAGGCAGAGGAGAUUUGGAAGGUGAGGGCGUGGGUGCGGUGCGGGCAAGCUUCCGGCUGCUGAUGGUUUAUUAGAAGGGCGGGGAUAAAAAAUUCCCGCCGGCGCUCUCGGGGUAGGCGGGACGGCUGCCCUCCGCGCGUCGCUCCACUUGCGGGCCGCCGGGGCAGAGCUGCAGUGGGCGGGGUGCCAGUUACUUCCGCGAAGGGGAAGUGGGCAGGGCUGAUGCGCGGAGCUCCGCGGGUAAUUUCGCGGGUUUCUGGCUUUUCCAAAUCCUUGUUUGUUUUCUGGGAGCCGAGCUCCUCUAACGUCCGGGGGUUUGUGACGUCCCGCGCACUUCAUCGCGAAGCUCUGUCAGAGGGUCCCGUUUCUUAGCUACGGUGCCUCCUCCUUCCUGGGGGUGAGUAGCAGACGGGCGGGCGAUCUGCGCCAGGUGUCUACGUCCCGCCGAGGAGACAGGUUUGUAAUCAUGAAAAUGACUGUGGUGUUAACUCCCGAGAGGCUCUAUUCCUUCCUAGGCCCCUCAUCCCUGCUGAAUUUAGCGAACCAUCUUCAGUGUUACAGAUUUUAAUGAAUACUAUAGUUGUCGGAGAUAGCAAGCCGGCAGGAUCCACUCUGUGCGAAAUUUUGGAGUACUAAACCGUAAAUCUAAGUAGGGGACAUUGGCUUUCCUCCCUUUAUGUUUUUCGUAUUUUCCUAUUUCCCACUUCUGUUUUGUUGUGCUGCCCUGUUUUCCAGCCAGUGGAAGAACUAUGAUAAAUUUAUUCACAGCACUGCGAUAAGAACAAAAAAAGAAUCAUAUUCUGUAGCCCUUAAAUCAUGUAUUACGCUGGCUUGUUUUGGUGUCCCAAGUAAUCUCCUCAGAUUGUGAGCUCCUUGGGAGCAGAGACCGUGUUGUUGAAUUCUAGAAACGCCACAGCUCCGGAGCAUGUGCUGGCGCAUAGUAUACAUUCAAUGACUGUUUCUUUGGUUUAUUAAGGUUUCCUCUCCAAACUGUCAUAUAAAAGGAAACAUCAAGAGGGGUAAUGUUUUACAAAUAGGAUGCAUCCCUUCUGGUGGAAUUUCAAGUAAUGGCUGGGGUUCCACCACCCUUCAAAUUUUUAAGUGUAAACUACCACCUACAUUGUUCAUAGGGCAAGUCGAUGAUUCCUAGAAUGAAUCUUUUCUUGAUGAAUUAACCUCAAACUUUAGAAUAAAGGAUAUUUCUUCUGAUGAGAAAUUCAGGUGGCAUCAAAGUACCCUUUUUAGUUGUAGAGUUACCAUGCUAGAGAAAGAACACAAGCCUUAUGGGUUAUCGCCUUGACAUUCUUUGGCAGACAGGAUAGUAUGUGCUAUUUACAUGAUUUUAACCAUGAAACAAAGAUGUGAUAGUAUUGAUCAUCUUCAUUCACUUAUUUAAUGCUCUCUGUGUGGAGUCCCUGUUUUUCUCUUUGCCUAAAGAUAUAAUAUUGGCAGCAGUCAUUGUUUAGCACUGGAUGGGGAAUCAGGAGAUCUGGUUUCUAAUCCCUGCUUUGUCACUAACGAGCUGUGUGAUCUUCGAAGCUUAAGUGAAAAUGGUACAUAUUAGAAGACAUGAAACAAGGAAAAAUUCUAAAACUCAAGAGUGUGAACAGAAAUCUCGAGUGGAUUGGAGGCGGACUAAAAGAAGUAGUCUCUCACAAUUAUGUGAUAGUGAUGAUGAACUUGAGAGCGAUGAGGAGCUUGAUAGUGAUGAAAGUGUUGACAGUAAUGAAAGUGUUGACAGUGACGAAGAGCCUGAUAGUAACGAGGGGCUUGAUAGUAAUAAGAAGCCAGAAAAUGAAAGAGAGCUUAAAUUAAUUAAAGUUGAAAGUGAAGGAAACAAUAGUAAGCAUCUCAUUAACACUGGCAACAGUUCAACAUAUGAAGAAGAAAAGAACAAAACCAAACAUGGAAGUAUUGACUUACCAGAUCAUGAAAAGCAUUCAGGUCAAGAGGAAGAUGAUCUCAACAAACACUCUGGACAAAUAACAGAGGAGGAUUUAGAAGAAGAACACAUCAAGCGAGGGAAGAGAAAAAGGACCUCCUCUGUGAUGUACGACAGUGAUGAAAGUGACGACAGUGAUAUCCUUGUUAGAAAAGUGGGAGUUAAACAUCCACGUAGAGUGGUUGAAGAUGAAUGUUCUUCAGUGGAGAUGGAGCAAAAAGAACCUGAAAAAACUUUAGCUGCAAGAAAGCGAGAACAGCUCCAGAAACUGCAAGACCUCUCAAAACAGAGAUCUCGUCAGAGACGCAGUAGUAGUAGAGAUUUUGAGGACUCUGAAAAGAAAUCCUGCCCAAGCAGUGAUGAAAAUGAUGAUGAGGAGGAGGGGAAGGAGGAAGAUGAUUAUGAAUAUGAUGAAGAUGGAGAUGAUUAUGUUAUUGAUGACUUUGUAGUGCAAGAUGAGGAGGGUGAUGAAGAGAAUAAAAGCCAACGAGGAGAAAAACUGAAAUUAGUAAAGCAGAAUUCUCUUUAUUCUUUUAGUGACCACUAUACUCACUUUGAAAGAGUUGUGAAGGCUCUUCUGAUCAAUGCUCUAGAUAAAUCUUUUCUGGGAACAUUAUAUGAUGGCACCAGGCAAAAAUCAUAUGCACAAGAUAUGUUGACAUCUCUUCAUUAUUUGGAUAACCGCUUUGUUCAGCCUCGUCUAGAGAACUUAGUCUCUAGAAGUCGUUGGAAAGAGCAAUAUAAGGAGCGAGUAGAAAAUUAUUCUGAUGUAAGUAUCCAUUUGAAGAAUCCUGAGAACUGUUCCUGCCAGGCUUGUGGAUUGAAUCGCCACUGUAGAUAUUCGGUGCAUUUAUCAGGAAAGUUAUAUAACACCAGGACUAUGGAAAUAGAUGAUUUCAUGUCACAUGAUAAACAGGUGUUUACUGUUGGCAGAAUUUGUGCUAAUCGUACCAGAAUUUACCAUGAACUGAAACAUUUUAAAUUCAAGCUGUACCAGGAAUGUUGCUCCAUUGCAAAGACAGAAGAGGUUGAAGAUGAACAGGUUAAAGAAACAGUGGAGAGAAUUUUCAAUCAGUCAAAAGAAAGUGGCUGGAUUAAGGAGAACAGUUCUUGUGACCUGAGAGAGAAGAAGCACCUGGUGCCAAUCUGAGGAAAGGAUCUCGGCUGCCAGUUCUAAUACCACCCACAUCCUCUUCUUGAGGACAUGGGACUGAGCAGUGAGCACUGUAACUGGAGAUCAAGGGGAAUGCAGAGGUUUCAGGCCACGGCACUGAUUUUGAUUCCCCCAUAUCCUGUUGAUCACUAAAUUUGAUAUCAGGGAUAAAGUGGGGGUUUUGAAGAGUGCACUGGAUUCCCGAAGAUCUGCUGGCAGCUCAUAAGCUCUGGUCUGCUCACAGAGCUUUUAGAAUUGUUAUGGUGCAUGGAAAGAAUGCUAAAAUGAUUGCAAUCUUCUAAAACAAGUCUAGUUACAUGACUGUAUAAGAGAGAACAGAUAAGAGAUUUUCAGGCAACUCAGUAUAUUUAAUCUUAAAAAAAGAAAAAGGCUGACUUGAGAUCCAUUGCCUGCGUUAUUUAUAUCAUAGGGAAAUUUGUAAAAGAAAAAAAUAAAAAGAGAGCUUAAAGAAUACACUUACGAGCAAAAGGAAAGAAAAUGAGAACAACAAAACAGGAACUUCUUAGGACAUUACAAGUUCCACAGAGGUCUCCUGGGCUGGUGAAUGACAUCAAGAUUGGUUUCCCUUUUGACAAUUAUCUGCCCACCACAAACCACCACCCACUGAUCCCCUUGCCUGCCCCCCACAUCUUGACCCUUAAGUCGUCUUGCUCUCAUUUUUCUCUCUUCAGCUUUUUAUCUUUUACUUUGCUUCCACUUCUCUCACUUCCAGUUCUUUCCUCCUUAUCCUUCUCUGUGCUUUUUCAUUUGCCUUGGGGAAGAGCCAUCACUUACCCAGUAAGUCCCAACUUCAUUUUCCUUAAUGACAUUAAAUUCUUAAGUGCUUUUAUUGAUGCAUUUAAGUGUUGCCAACCCUCUCCUGGAGUUGAAAGACCUUUUGGAACACUGCAUUUUUAAAAAAAUUAUGUACUAGGUGUAGCAAAACCACUGUGCAUUACAUAUAUUAUAUAAUAAUUUCAUAUGUAGGGAAGAACAUUAAACUUCUUGCAGAAAAAAGUAAAAGCAUUUCCAAAUCACAUACCUUAGAGAAAGCUUAACAAGGUCCAUGACAACAGAAGGGACCUGGAAUAAAAAAAACAUUCUUAAGAAAAGAAAGCCAAGUAUCACAUUAUGCUUAAAGAAUAACACUUAGCAUUGGGCAUUGAAGGUAUUUCAAGAUGGUGCAUGUUUAGGACAAUGUGCACAUUUUUUUUCACAUAAAAUACCAAAGAACUUCAUUUUCUUUUUGAGAUCCUUCCUACUUUAAAAAAAUUGUCUAUAGACUUCCUCAAAAGAUUUCCUAGAAACCAAAGAAGUUUAUUAGCCAUUAUAAACCCAUAUGCAGCUUUGUGUGCUGUGAUUAAAUUUCAGGAUUUAUCAAGUACCCUGACAUUUUUCAACAUCACUCUGCCUCCCCCUCAGUGUGUGUGUGUGUGUCUUUGAGUAAUAGCACUACGUGUGUUCUUGUGAUGCAUGACUUCUUCUUGGCCACAGUUAUUCUAACCCUUUAGAAUGCCAGGGCUCAGUGCUAUUAUACUUGAGUGGCCACAUCCGUGGCUCUUUCUGCUCUUAGCUCUCAAUUAUUAUGUGAACCCCUUCUUUUACCUUACACAAACUAUCUGUUCCUGUCAUUCCUCUCCCAGCUUGUGUUUCACACCUUGCUUUUUUCCUUACCUGACUCUUCUUCCUCCGAGCAUUUUCCUUCCAUUAUUUCGGGAUAUCUCAGCAUUUCUUCCCAAAGACCUGCCAACUAGACUAACUUCAUUCUUCUUAUUCUUCCUCCUAACAGUUGAACUAGGAGAUCUGUUUUUAACUAAUGAUAUUAAAAGGGUAGGAGCAAUUCAAGUGUAAGAAAAGAACAAAUGAUAAGAAAAUUGUAAUACAAAAUUAUAAUAAAAUGAAAAUACAUAAUAAACAUAAUAGUAAUAUAUGUCUCAUUCUAAAUUAGAGCUGAAGAACAGAGUAUCAUAUGCACUGGCAAAUUCUAACAAAUGUUUUUUCUUUAAGAAGAGAGUGCCUAUGAUGAUGGGGUUUCCAGGGAAAUUGAAGACAGGAUUAUUGGGAUGGGGUGGUGAAUACAUAACACCAGGAAGUGAAUAAAGUAUGUCCAUAGAAGUAUCAAGUUUCAGUUCCUAUCACCACAAGCAUCAGAGUUAUCAGGAUCCUCACUCACUUCACUGGGAGUAAAACCAGAGCUCAUAAGUAGAGUUAAGAAACCAUUAGGUCAGUUCAUCUCCUCAGCUGAAGGAAGCACUCUGAAAUCUGUCAAGCUUGAAAUCUCCAAAUCAUCCCAAUUCCUCUCUUCUCUUGUCUUGCCCUGGUCUUUACUCUCCACCUUCAUUGCUGUCACUCAAAUUUAGGCCCUCAUUACCUAAAUUAUUACAGUAGACUAUUAUAGUAAGUAGUUGCCAAACCAUUCUAGACUAGACGUUUCACCUUUUCUUUCCCCAAAAAAUACACCUCAGAUAGUGUCAAUUUCCUGCCCUAACACCUUUGGCAGUUUUCCAUCGCCUGUCACAUUAUUGCUAAACUCUGUAACCUAGCAUUUCAUACUGCCUCUUUGGUUCAGUCUUAUCUCUCUCAAUUCCCCUACAAAACCUCAGAUUGUAGUCAAAUCCCGUACUUUCUUGUCUUGUCACUGUUGUAUGGACUUUUGUCUCCUAGAGAAAACUCUCCACCAAAUCGUUGCCUACCAAAUCUUUUUUCCCAGGACAGCUUAAAUGCCACUCUUUGCUGGUCACCUCAGCUAACCAUAACCUCUCUUCUGAACCUGCGUAACAGUGUCUGUACUUCUUUAUGGCACUUGUUAUUUGUUGUCAUUGGUGAACUCUGUUCUCCUUAGGGGCAGGGAAAGCAAUUUUUUUAAUACCUAAACAGUCAUUAGCAGAGUAUUUGAUAUAUGUUAUGUGUUCAGCAAAUUUUUGUUGAAUAAGUUAUUAAAGUUGUUAUGUUUCUACCAUAAAUAUGAUAAUAGAAAACUUAUAAUUUAUAAGAAAGUUAUGAAAUUAAUAAUAAUGUUCAUUUUGAUCUCUUUCCAAUGCUUUAUAUGAAUUAGAAAUGCUUAUUUGAAAUUGAGUCCCUGUUCAUAAUAAAAAGAUUUUUGUUUACAAUUACCAUGAGAUUAACUUGCUCCUAUUUGUGUCUGUAGAUUGAAAAGGCCUAGUUUAUCUUCACUGCUUUGAGUAAAAUAACUAGCUUUUUUAUUGUA